AUGGCUGAUUCAUCAAACACCACAACACCAGCACCAUCUGCACCCACCCCCACGCCUACAACAUCAAGUAUUACAACAAAUAUAAGCAAGCCAGCGACACCAAGGUCUCGGGAGAGCAGUGAAAGUGCUGGAUCAGAUGGAGGUCGCCCACGGGGCUAUAUUGCCACAAGAUUUUUCAGACCUUCUCUUGUGGAUCUCUGUAUUCCGGUCAUGGCUGCAAACUUCUUAUGUUUCCCAACAUUUGGCUAUAUUUCACUUGACCUUCGACCCAAAGUUGUUACCUUGCUACCGCUGGACUUGCCACUGGACCUUGCAGCUUAUCUCAUAUAUGAAGAUGAAUAUUGGGAGAGAAGAUCGAGGCUACACUGGAGUAAUAGCGACAUUGCAGCCCACGGACGCUCGUGGAAGCAGCUUUUUUUUGAGCGGUAUUUCUCAGACGCAUUGGAAAGCUUUGAUCCUACAUGCUCUGAAGAGUCUGCACUCACGAACAUGCUUCAUAUAUGUGCGCAAUACAUUCACAAUCUGAUAAUUUACCAGCUUCCAUCUCGUUUAAACAUAUCUGUUUUUCUCGUUCCACUAGCCAGUCAAAUAGAGACACUAAAGAUCGAGUAUGGAAGCCGGAAUGUGGGCAUGGAGUACGAUAAACUCAGGUUUGGUAUGAAGACAUCAGAUUGUCGAUCCGUGUCUGCUGCGCUAAGGGUAGAAAUUCUUGUGAACGGCAUGGCUGCCAAUCCUACUAUUGUGCAUCUAGAUCUUUCACACAAUUAUAUUUCGGAUGCUGGAGUCAUUGAAAUUAUGAGACUUAUGUCUGCAGAUAAAUCGGUUUUAACGGUUCUGAAUUUGUGCAACAACUGUAUAACUACGCAAGGUAGUCUUCCCUUAACAGCUAAUUCAUCUGAGGUGCAACUGAUGCAGAGAUUGAGCCUUUCCAGUUGUCAGUUAGGAGAGUUAUCUGUAGCGGCCCUUACCAGACUUCUACACAAUCCAAAGUCUGGACUAAAUGGAGUUGAUGUCUCAUCAAACAAGGGGAUUGGAGAGAGUGGUGGAAAUGCCAUUCUUGCUGCUUUGCUUACAGAUGUUAUUGACGCUUCACACUGGCGCUGCUACAUGCGAGCAGAAGCACUAAUGUUAACAACUUUGCCCCCAGCUGAAAAAGGGAUCAGGAUGGAAUGCCAGGAAGCUGAGAGCUCCUGUGCAGAGAUGCAACCUAUCUACAUUGUAGGUAGAAAGGAAAUUCCUGAUGGAGAACGGAUCAAUGCCAAUGUAAAGAAAAACAUGCUUGCACUUGUGUUAUAA